GCGAAUGCUCUUCUUCACACCACUAACUCGUAGUGAUCGAGAGAGAGAGAGAGAGAGAGAGAAUGGGUUUGAUAUCAUCAACGAAAGAGACGAAGACCAGUGGAAGAGGAAUGGGUUUCCUCUUCGUCUUCUUCCCUGACCACAACAGCGACGUCUCUCCUCUUGCUCCUUCUUCUUCGCCGGCAACUACAACGACACUCUUCCGCACCAGAUCCUCCCGUCUCCUCCUCUCCAAAGCUCAAUCCACAAUCUCAAUCUGCCUCCUCCUCCUUCUCCUCACCCUCUUCCUCUUCACUCUCUCCACCUUCGAACCUUCCUCCGUCUUCCCCGCCGUCUCCCACCGUCGCUUCCUCCUCACUCGCGACGUCGCCGGACCUCGCCGUCGCUCCGACCGCUUCGCUCUCCAGGGGAUGGGUACUCUGUUUUUGAGAGGAACAAAGAGCAUGCACGAUCUCGUCGUCGCGCACAUCGCUUCCGAUACGACGGAGCAAGAUCUCCGCCUCUUCUUACGGUUGUUACACCGCUCCGGAGUCACUUCCCGAUCCGACGUCGUUUUGCUCUUUAAUUCUCAGAGAUUCAAUGGAUUGAUCGAAGAAGAGAACAACUCGUUCUCGAAACUCGUUAAUUUGUACCGGAAUUUGAAUCAAACCGGAACCGUAACCGACUCGGUUUGGGGAUUUAAUCUCUCCCGGUUUAUAAAGAACCAAUCGAAGAAAGAAACGUCUGAGCCUAUCUGGGGAAAGAAAACUCAUCGAGCAAAUAACGAGACUGACUCAGACGAGUGGACUCACGGUUCGGUAGUGGGGUUUGACGUGGCCGAGUUGGACCCGGAAAACUCGCUAUCCGGGUUCAUGGACCACGUGCCGAUAGCCCUGAGGAGAUGGGCUUGUUACCCAAUGCUUCUCGGACGAGUCAGACGCAAUUUCAAACACGUGAUGCUCGUUGACGCAAAAACGUCAUUAUUCCUCGGUGAUCCGUUAACCCGGAUACGUAACCGGAGCCCCGAGUCAGUCCUCUUCUUCUCCUCAGCUUCUAAACACAGUAACAAGAUUAACCCGGCGGUUAUCAUCGGUGGAGGGAGAGGGAUCAGGAGACUAUCGAGCGCGAUGCACACUGAGAUCGUGAGAGCGACGAUGCAGCACAACAAGAGAAAGGGGUCGGUGUCGGAAUCGGGAGUGCUGAGUCAACUCGUUGGGAAUGUACAUAUGACGAAGGGCUUUGAAGUGGUUGGUCCGAGUGAGGUGGUUGCGGAAGCGAGUUCGUUAGCUGAGUUGAGGACGAGAAACUCGAUGGCUGCGGCUGCGUUGUCGAUAAAGGGUCGUGAUAUAAUACAACGUGGUAAUAGUAAUAGUAACGUUGUGGCGGUUAUUAUGAAACGUAUUUGUUCUUCUUCUGAGUUGGAUUCUUCUGUUUAUAGUUACUGUUAGUAUUAUUAUUAUUGUUUUGGAAAUUUAAAAUGUAAACACAAAACGAAAAAAAUAGGAGAUUUUUCGGUAUUUUAAAUUAAUAGAUUUUUUGUACACAUUUGACAUUUGUUAUCUUCUUAGAUUUUAUGUUUAUUUAUGUCCACGUUCUGUAUUCGUUAUUGAUUUGGUCUUCUUGAGAUGAUCAUAUAAAUACAAGAAAUAAGAGUAUUAUGC